CACAAUUCAGUAGACCAAACCCUCACGACCUCAGAAAUCGCCCCCUUUCCCCCAACUGCCGCCGCUGACCCGGCCCGGCCACCGCCUUCUCUUUCCCGCGUCACGCCAACACCUCUUCCUUCCUAAAGUGCAUGACUUCCCCAGCUGACCCAUUCCAUCUCACUCCGCCGUCUCCGCCAUGGCAGCAGCUCUUCCGCUCCUCCUCCUUUUGCUCUCUUUCCUUCCUCCUCCUUCCCUCGCUCAGACAGAUACUCUAAUUGAUUGCGGGGCCGUCGCACCGACGACGAUCAACGGCCGGGAAUGGCUCCCCGACGACGGCUUCGUCACGGCUGGGACUGCCCGUACUCUCGCACUCCCCGUCCUCUCGCCACUCCUCUCCACCGUCAGAUCGUUUCCCCUGGCGGGGAAUCGCGGCCGCAAGUUCUGCUACGAGACGGCCGUCAAUCGGGGCGGCAAGUACAUGGUCCGGACCACCUACUUCUACGGAUGGGUCAACGGCAGGGACGCCCCGCCGCCGGUUUUCGACCAGAUUCUUGACGGGACCCAUUGGAGCGUUGUCAACACGACGGGGGAUUUCGCUGACGGGAGGUUGACUUUCUACGAGGGGGUUUUUGUUGCUCGAGGGAAGACCAUGAGCUUGUGUCUCGGAGCGAAUUCGGAUACCGACUCCGACCCGUUCAUUUCGGGCCUUGAAUUCAUCCCUUUAGGGGAUUCGCUCUACAACUCCACCGAUUUUGAGAAUUACGCCCUUGGAUUGGUCGCCAGGCACAGUUUUGGCCACAGCGAAAUUGUUCGUAGAUAUCCAGACGACCCAUAUGAUCGGAUUUGGGAGCCAUAUGGAGGGAAGGAUUCCAACCCUUCCAGGAACAGGAACGUGUCCAUUUCGGGCAUAUGGAAUCUUCCACCAUCUAAGGUAUUCGAAACAGAUAUCUCUGCUGCAGCAGGACGUUCAAGGCAGGUCUUGGAGCUGCCAUGGCCACCAGCUCCUCUUCCAUUUCCCCACCAGAACUACUCCAUUGCUCUGUACUUUGCCGAUGACCGUGAUCCCUCACUUCAAGAUCCUAGGGUGCUUGAUGUGAUCAUAAAUGGGGUGACAUAUUUCAGGAGCUUGAGUGUGACACAAAUGGGUUCCCUUGUCUUUGCCAAAGUGUGGCCUCUCGGUGGUUCAACCAAUAUAACUUUGAUCCCUGCUGCUGGUUCGACCACUGGUCCAUUGAUUAAUGCAGGGGAGGUUUUCAGAUUGUUGCCCCUUGGUCGAAGAACUCAUACGGGAGACAUAAUAGCUUUGGAAGAAUUGAGAAGUGGUUUCAAGAACCCGCCACAGGAUUGGAGUGGGGAUCCUUGCAUGCCUCGUCAGUAUCCUUGGACUGGAAUUACUUGUUCAGAAGGCCGCAGGAUUCGUGUUGUUUCACUGAAUUUGACAAGUAUGGGCCUUGGUGGAUCGAUAUCCCAUAGGAUCACUAGGUUGACUGCACUAACAGACAUCUGGCUUGGUAACAACAGUUUAUCUGGGUCAAUACCUGAUCUGAGCUCAUUAAGACUGCUUGAAACACUGCAUUUGGAAGACAAUAACUUGACUGGAGUGAUCCCAUCUUCACUUGGCAAUAUCGAUGGUCUCCGUCAACUAUUUGUACAGAACAAUAAUCUCACUGGUGAGGUUCCGACAAGCAUCGUUGGGAAAUCUGGACUAGAACUCAGGACGAAUCCUGGGAACCAUUUCACGUCGGGGCCAUGAGCAGAAACAGGAAGCCAAAAUGAUUUGAGGACAACAACUAUUAAGGCCUCUGGCCUCUCUACGGUACCAUGGAAGCUGGAUUUCCAGCUAUAUUGUCAAAUAUGCAGUUUGUACCAGUACUAGUACUACUAGAUCGUUGUCGAUGGUCAUGAUUCACAGAUGUGUGAAAGAAAAUGCACAUGGUUCCAAAGGUUCUUGGGUGUACCUUUUGGCAGUGUCGGCCACCCUCUCAACUGUUUGUACACUUACCCUGGUUUUUGUCCAUACAUAUACGCCGAGUCAGACUCCCAGUCAGUAAAACUCUGAUUCUUUUGUUCUAAUACUUUCAACCUGGUGUAAGUAAAAGACUGCUUAGACAUAACAACGGUCAUUCUUUGGUCUUUUGAGCUUGGACUUUGCGAUUGAUUCAAAGUUUAUAAAAUCGUGAAGAAGCUGUAAUAUUAUAGUUCUCUUAUUGGUUUGGUUUGACAUUGAACUCCUUUAGCGGAUGUACUGAGCUCCACGAGCUCCAAUAAUCCCUAACAGAAGUGAUAGGAAUAGGGAUGGUAAACUGGUUUACCCGGCAACUGAGCUGGU